UCUGAUAUUUUUUUUGUUUUGUUUACGAUCCUGAAGCCAUUUGUUGUUUUCCUUCGCCUUCAUUUCUGUAACCAAAUUGUAGAGAGCAAAAAUCACAAAAAUAAUGAAAGAAAAUGCCCUCGGAGCAGGCAGCCAACCCGUCCGAGAUCGGUAGCUUACCUGCUCCGCCUUCGCAACUGAGCGCCGACCCCAUAUCCCUAGUGAUGAUUGUCGUAGUGGCACUCUUGUGGGGCGCCACCAAUCCGUUCAUCCGCCGGGGCAGUCUCGGGUACAACAAUCUUAAGGCACCCACCAAAUGCGGUCAACUGUGGCUGGAGGUGAAAUUUCUGGUCUCUCGGUGGCAGUAUCUGCUGCCACUAGCGCUUAAUCAGCUGGGGAGUGUGGUGUACGUGUUUGCCCUGCAGCGAACCGAACUGUCGUUGAUUGUUCCGAUGGCGAACUCGUUGACGUUCGUGUUCACGGUCAUUACGGCGCGACUGCUCGGAGAGCAGGGCGGCAGUUGGAAAACGUACACCGGAAUGAUACUGGUUAUAGCCGGGACGGUUCUCUGUAGCAUAGAGAAGAUUUUGUGAUAGAGAUUCAGCUAACUCUGCCUGGACUUAAAUUUAUUAAUAAAGUUAUUGUUGUACUUCGAA